AUGCCUUUGUUAAACCCUGCCAAUGAGGACACGCCUCGACAUCAGGUUCACGUCGCCGUCCUCGACACCGAUGUACCUUGCCCAGCCGUCUACGCCAAGCGUGGUCUGCACAGCUCGCAAUUCCGUGUUCUUCUUCAAGCCGCGGCAGAGCGCCUGAAUCAACAUCCACAGUCAUUGCGACAUGGUCGUAUUCAAGUCCAUGUGACAGCGUACGAUAUCGUGGGGGGAUCAUAUCCGCCACCCGAGUUUCUACGGGCAGGCCCCCAAUCCCCAACUGAUUCAACUGCCAAAUCUGGCCCGACUCCAAUCGAUGCUAUCUUGGUCACUGGCGCGGCAGCAGCAGCCUAUGACAAUCUGCCAUGGAUCCCAGGUCUUCAGGCCUUUAUCCAAACCGUUCAUGCGAAAUAUCCGUUCGUUCGAAUCUACGGCUCAUGCUUCGGACAUCAACUCAUCGCCCAGGCACUACUCGCUGGCCAACAAUGCUCCAUAGGCGAUUUCCCGUCCAAAAUUUCAGUAGAGCCUUCGGUCCUCGGUCAUGAAAUUGGCGUGCAUCCCAUCAUCUUGGACCCGGAAUUCAGCUCAAGAUUCUCCUCCCUUGCCCAAUUCUCGCAAGAGCGACCCCUCCAACUACAACUCAUCCAUGGUGAUAUCGUGACACCAUCACAAGACAUUCCUCCGAGUCCAGAGCGUCUCAAUCUGCCGGAUCCUUGGAUCAACGUUGGUAGCAGUGAAAAGUGCCUUAUCCAGGGACUUUACUACCCAGGGCGCGUUCUUACUCUUCAAGGACACUUUGAGUUCGAUGCAUUUGCCUCGGGUGAACUUUGUCGACAGUUUAGUCGGAUGUAUGACUGGCCAGCUCCCAAGCUCAAAUUUCACUUGGAGAGUAUUUGGAGCUCUCCUCAGGCUAUUGAUGGACCGGCUGGUCCCUACGAUGACUCCAAAGCCGUGGCGGAGAUGGCCCUUCUCUUUUUUGCGGAUGAGGAUCGGCCAACAGAGGAAUAG